AUGUCAUCAAUUCUCCGCCAGAUAGUCGCAGGCCCAAGACAACAGCACCCGGAGGCAGGACUGGAUCUCUGCUACGUGACAGACAAUAUCAUUGCAACGUCCGGCCCCUCAGCAACGUACCCGCAGCGCGCCUACCGCAACCCACUAGACGAGCUCGUCAGCUUCCUGGACACCAAACAUGGCGCAAACUGGUGCAUCUGGGAAUUCCGCGCCGAGGGAACGGGGUACCCGGACUCAGAAGUAUACGGACGCAUCCACCACUUCCCCUGGCCAGACCACCACCCACCGCCAUUCGCGUUGAUCCCCCACAUCAUGGGCAGCAUGCGGAACUGGCUAAAACGACUAGACGAGAAAGAAGCCACAGACGCCGAAAAGGGCGAGCGGGUUGUCGUCGUGCACUGCAAAGCUGGCAAAGGGCGUAGUGGGACGAUUGCGUGCUCGUACCUGAUCAGCCAGGAGGGGUGGAAGAAGGAAGACGCGCUGCAGCGAUUCACAGACCGGCGCAUGCGAGUUGGUUUCGGACAUGGUGUUAGCAUUCCCAGCCAGCUACGUUAUGUCGGGUAUGUCGACAGGUGGGCGAAUCAACUGGAGAAGCGAUAUGUCGAGCGGCCGGUCGAGAUUCUAGAGCUUCAUAUCUGGGGUCUGAAAGAUGGGGUGAAGGUUGCGGUGGAGGGGUAUGUGGAGGAAGGGAAGAAGCGGAAGUGCUUUCAUCAGUUCCGUCGCAAUGAACGUACCGUCGUGGAAGAUGGGAGCUCGACGUCCGAGGAACAGGAUAGUAAUGGAAAGGGGAGUGAUAAAAAGGCAAAGUCCAAGAUUAAGCAAGCCGCCACUGAAAAAUCACCCCCUUCAUCCGCUACCGAGUCCCCGACAGCAUCGGGAUCAGAUAUCUCCGCUGCAUCCACGUCUUCACUGGGCCAUGGUGUCUCCGCAAUGAUCUUCAAACCGCACAAGCCGCUUGUCGUUCCCGGCUCCGACGUGAACAUCGAGUUUGAGCGGCGCAGCAAAGCCUCCUACACAGGCUUUGCAAUGGUGACUUCUGUCGCGCACGUCUGGUUCAAUGCGUACUUUGAAGGCGGCGCUGAGCACGACUCAGGCGUCUUCGAGACGGAAUGGGAUGCGAUGGAUGGGAUCAAGGGGAGUGCAAGAAAGGGGAUCCGCGCAUUGGAGAAGCUGAAAGUCGUAUGGCGAUAUCCACGCUCGGAGACUCUGGAUGCAAGUGCAGCUGGCAACGGCAAGGGCAAGGAGGAACGGAAAAAGAGCGACGACGUGCCAGCUGCAGGCAUACCCAUCAGCGAGCCGAAACCAGGUGAUGCCAUCCAUGAGAGCGAUCCGGCUGACUGGCGCGGACUCCAUGGGGACAGAAAGGAAAAUGAACCCUUGUCGAGCACUGGGUCACAGCAAAGCAGUUCUACAAGUCUCUCAGACAAGACUAAGGAAUUUGGCCAUGCACUAGAGAAGGAACUUGGAUUGCGAAAAAAGAUGGCUGAUAGUACAGAUGUGAGUCUUGCGGGGAGUGAUGAUGAGACGAAAGUUACAACCGAUGAUGAGGGGAGGAAGAUGAAAGUCAAGAAAGCGGAUAUUGAAGGGCUCGAGGGAGUCAAGACGCAUUAUGGGAAUACUGAAGAGGGCGAGAGCAAGAAGGACUAG